AUGCACAAAAAUGGGCAGAGAACAGACACAGACGAAGCGGAAGAAAAGGAACAACCAGAUUUGAGCGCGUUCCCAGUGUACGUAAAGCGACACGAAGUGACAUCCUGCGCUCUAACCAAACUGAGAUGUGAUCGAGCUCUCCAAAAGGAGACACUAGGAAAGCUUCAGGUCCUGCCUCGCCCCCGACAAGUGCAGGUGAGGUUUGGGACGCGCUCUCCGCAGGGCGAUGCUGUGGGAGAGCUCCCCGCUCGCGUUGGGAAGAGCUCUGGAUGCGCGGGGGCUGCAGCCGCGGCGCCGCCAGCGCCCGGAGCCGCUCUGUCCCGGCGCUGCGGGCGGAACGCGGGGCUCCCACCGCGGGACGGCUCCUCGCUGCGGCCCCGGGAGCGGCGGCGGCCAGCCGGGAGGCGAGAGCUGAGGCCCCGGCAGCCGGCGGGUGAGAAUCCCGGGCCGGCCCGAGCCGCCGCGGGGCACGCCGAGGGCGGCGGGCAGAGAUGCCCCCGCGGGCCGCCGCUCCCCCAGGCGCGGGCGGCGCUGGCCCGGGGGGGUCCCACAGCCGCCGCCUCGGGCUCUGUCCCUCCGGCGGGAGCGGCCGCGGGGCCCUGGGGCAGCAGGGCCGGCCCUUGCGCCGGGGCUGCGCCCCCGAUGGGGAGCGCGGCGCUGGGGGACGGCCCGAGGGUGCUGCGGGCACUCACCGGGUGCCUGCUGGGCGCCCUGGUGCUGAGCACGCUGCUGGGCAAUGCGCUCGUGUGCCUCGCCAUCCUGCGCUUCCGCCACCUCCGCAACAAGGUCACCAACUGGUUCGUGCUGUCGCUGGCCGCCUCGGACCUCUGCGUGGCCCUCUUGGUGAUGCCCUGGAAGGCGGUCACUGACGUGGCUGGAGGCUCCUGGCUCUUUGGCAGCCACUUUUGUGAUACCUGGGUGGCCUUCGACAUCAUGUGCUCCACCGCCUCCAUCCUCCACCUCUGCAUCAUCAGCCUGGACCGGUACUGGGCCAUCGCCAGCCCCUUUCGCUAUGAGCGCAGGAUGACACAGCGCCUUGCUUGUGCCAUGAUAGCCAUGGCCUGGGCUCUCUCCAUCCUUAUCUCCUUCAUCCCGGUGCAGCUACACUGGCAUAAAGCCAAGGACAGUAGAGAUGCAGGCUCCUGGCUACUUGGGACACCCCGCUGUGAUGUCAGAUUGAACCGCACUUACGCCAUCACCUCCUCCCUUAUCAGCUUCUACAUCCCCGUGGCCAUAAUGAUCAUCACCUACACCAGGAUCUACAGAAUUGCCCAGGCCCAGAUCCGCCGCAUCUCCACCCUUGAGAGAGCAGGGGGACAGCGGCCAGCUCCUGAAAAGGAGUCCACCUCCUCUUUACGGAGCUCCUUGCACAAGGAGACCAGGGUGCUGCAGACCCUUUCUAUCAUAAUGGGAGUCUUUGUUUGCUGCUGGCUGCCCUUCUUCCUGCUGAACUGUCUGCUGCCCUUCUGUCAGCCCAGCCUGGAGGAGGACCCUGAAGGACAGUCACUUUGUAUUGGCCAAACCACCUUCGACGUCUUUGUGUGGUUUGGCUGGGCCAACUCUUCAGUGAAUCCAGUGAUCUAUGCUUUCAACGCAGACUUUAGGAAGGCUUUCAGCAAUCUCUUGGGCUGCCAGUGCUGCUGCUGUGGGGCACCCAAAUGCCCUGUGGAGAGGGUCAAUUUCAGCAAUGAGCUGGUUUCCUAUCACCAUGACAGCACCUGCCAGAAGGAAGGAGCUGUGGCAUCCUCAGUACCUCCUGCUGCCGUCACUGCCUGGGUGCAGUCCGUGCCCCACGCCAAAAGCCUCCAGGGAGAGGACAGCGGUGAGAUGUCGUCUAUGGAGAAGAGGGUUGUGACUUCUCAGACACAGACUGCCCCUGGCAGCAGCCCCAAUAGUUGUCAAGUGCCAGCUAUUUUGCAAUUGGGUUGCAAGGCAAAGCCAUCCCUGGAAACUGUUUCCCCCUGUACAGGACUUGGUCAGUGUGAGGGACCCCAUUGCCUUGUUUCAGAGGGAUGA